AUGCCGCGAGGUCGGAUGUCGAACGGGAAACGCGCCCCGACACUGCCUAAGCGUCUGAGCGUGGCCAAGAAGGGAAACGAGGUGGUGCAGCAGGAGCAAGAUGAUGGCACUGGUGCCGAGAGUGCAGAUUCGUCCGCGCGCAAUGACGAGGAUGACGAGGCAGACUCAGACACGUCGGCAUCAGGCUCACCAGAGGAAUCCGGCGAACGGGUCACGGGGGGGAAGACGGGCGACGAUGGGUGUGCGGGAACCGCUUCACCCAAAGCCGACGUGCGCGAAAGUCGGGGCGCGCGGGAGACGGAUGUGUUUCGAGGCGAAGGCCGAGGACAUGUGGACGGACAUGUGGACCGCUCAUGCGGGACCCCAGUGGACACCGACGGCGACGACGUGCGCAUCUCGAGCAGGGUCCUCGAGCAACUCAUACGGGCCCAGGAGAAGAGCGCCAAUGAGAACGCGCGUUUGGAGGCGCUGUUCUUGAAUGCAAUGGCGCGGCCUUCUGGUGGCUCUCGUAAGCGCAAGGCUCGGAAGCAGAGAGACCCGGAGCAGGGGUGCAUGAACCCGAAGCGUCAGCGUGGCGAUACAUGGAGCGGCGGGUCGGACGAUGACGGAGAGGACGACGAGGAAGAUACGCAUGGUUCUGGUGGCCGUCAACGGAGAGGACGACGAGGAAGAUACGCAUGGUUCUGGUGGCCGUCAACGGAGAGGACGACGAGGAAGAUACGCAUGGUUCUGGUGGCCGUCAACGGAGAGGACGACGAGGAAGAUACGCAUGGUUCUGGUGGCCGUCAUAUGCGUACAGCAAAGUCUCCUAUUCUGCAGCGCGCGUUGGAGCAUCUGCCGACUGACAAGGCGUGGAAGAGGGUUUGCGAGCUGGCCAGGGUUCACAUGUUUCUCAACAGGCCAACGUCGACGAUGACCUUCUACCCGAGCAGCGACGAUAAGACUCACGGAGUGUGCGCGGUGCUGGACUGCCUGCCUCACAGCUUCGCCUGUUUGGCGUUGGCGGCUGACAAGUCUCGCCGAGCGGAUCUCAACAAGACGCUGUCUGAGUGGAAGACAAGGGCUGCCGCUCGCGUGCGAGACAUUGCACUUCCCAAGCUCGGCCUGUUCCGUGACGACAGGGACGGAUCCAGCCCGUGGGCACCUGAAAAGGAGCGUAGUAUCGAGAAGAUAAGGGAGCGCAUUGGGCUUGGCGCUGACCCCCCUGAAACUCUAGUGCUCACGAGCUGGGCGCACGACAGGGAUGGCAUGCCGUUUGCCUCCCGGGCAUUCGCGACAUGUGCAAAGGCUGCCUUCAAGCCGAAGAAGGCAGGGCUGGUGAUGACCCUUAAGGUGUACCACCUGGCCUGGUUGGAGCAUGUGGUCUCCGACUGCGUCCUCUACUGGGAGGAGCGGAAGGGCCGGCUCUCCAACUCGGCGGGGGGGAACGCCCACGUUGUGGAUGGGCUGAAGGUCUUGGUCAAGGAGGCCGUAGAGAGGGCGAUCCGUAUCCGCAACCCCGAGUAUGACGCGGAGCGCGAGGCGUGGAUUUGGGGGCGCCAUGGACUGCGCAUCUCUGCGUGCGGCCUGGAGCACAUGAAGCCCACGGCCGCCGCCCAGUCCGAAGACAUCGUAGGGGAUGACGACCUUUCGGCGUCACUUGAUGCUGAGUAG